AUGCCCCGCCUCUUCGCGGAAACCACACUCCUUACCCUCUUCUAUCUUUUACACAUCGCGCGCGGCGCAAUCCUGACUAUCGAUGACGCCGAUCCGCGCAUCCAGUAUACGGGAGCAUGGGUACCGAAUACGGGCGGCGACCCACAACAGCUGAACUAUAUGGCGACACUCACCUACUCAAACGUGACUGGAACCGUAGCGAGCUUUCAGUUUACCGGCAGCGCGGUAGCCGUAUACGGCGCCUUCGGACCCGUCGGGACGUUCGACAUGCGCUCGGAGUAUAGCAUCGACCGCGGGCCGCCGACGACCUUCCUGCCCCCGAACGACAUCGCCGCCGUGGUCCAUCGCCGCCAGUUCUUUGCGUCCGGGGAGAUCAAAUAUGGCCCCCACGUCCUGACGAUCGAGAACAUGGGCGAGCAGUUUUGGCUCGACUACAUCCAAGUCGAGGUCCCUGAUGACGUGGGGACCACCUCCGAUACCGCCGCAUCCUCGGCGGAUGCGCAGACGAGCGCGGGGAGCGGCUCCUCGACGAGCGACGUUGUUUCGCCGACGUCUCCAGAUAAUAGGGUGUCCUCCGCACCUGCGGGUCUCUCAGCGGCUGAACUCACAUCCUCAUCUGCGGACAACACAUUACCCCCUACGCAAAGCUCCCCGCAUAGCCAAGCUGCGGCUGCCACCCAUACAACUGCAUCACUCACCUUGUCUGCUGUGCCGGAUGUCCAGUCGUCCGCAUCAACCGAUGUCAAUGAACCCCAGCCAUCUGCUCCCACGACAUCCAGUUCUCAGGCCUCCGGCGGGAACACGAAUAACGGGCAUGGACUUAGCGUAGGAUCUCCGACGAUGAUGCCGGGGGCGAUCGCUGGUGUCGCCGUCGCGGGAGCCGUGCUAUUGAUUGGUAUGCUCGUGGUGGCGCAGUGGUGGCGCAAACGGCGGUGGAAUGGUGGAUAUUCUGCAGGAAAGGGAACAGCGGCCCUUGGCCAUCGCGGCCCAGAUCAGCUUAACAAGUCUGGAUCUGCUGACAGCGUGCAAGUACCCAUUCUCCAGGGCGCUGCACCGAGAGGUGUCCAGGAAGACGUCGACGUCUACGACCACCAGACCGUGAUGGAAACCCCUUCUAACCCCCACGACGAUCGCUCUCAGGCGACGGCGACGCCUGUGGGACGAAUGGGCUCCGACGCAGUAUCCGCAAGAGAGGCGCGAUACGGCCCUGGGAGGAGGAGACAGUCUGUCGAUAGGGGCCUUCGACUGGCCGGUGGACCUCCUGGAGAAGAGGGCUUCGCCGAGGACGUGCGGCUCAGCGUGACUUCCACAGGCACCCUUCCACCUUCGUAUCAGCUAUACCGGUCAAUACAGUGA